AUGGAUACCAUCAAAGAACUGAAAAGUUCCGUCUCUAAGCCAAGUGAAGAAAAUGGGAGACACCCACAGGAGGAGUCUGCUGCUGCUGGAAAAGAGUCUGAGCAAAAGGGACCAUCUUUUGUUACCCAGGAGGAUGUCGUUGCCAUGCUAGAAAGGGAGCUUAACCAAAGCCAAGAGGAUUGCAAGUACAUUCCUCAGCCACCAUAUCCAUCGAGCUUACUCCAGCAGCCAUAUCCUAAAGGCUGCGAGGUACCAAGCUUUGUUCUCUUUGAUGGAAGAACGGGGAGCCCAAAGGAGCAUGUCAAUCACUUCAUUGAUGCUUUGGGACCACACGCUGGUGAUUAUAAUCUCCAGCUCCAAGAGUUUUCAAAAAGCCUUACCGACCGUGCUUAUACGUGGUACACCACUUUGGCACCAAGCUCUGUUUGUUCUUGGGAAGACUUGGCAAGCAGAUUUCAGGACCUAGCCCUAGACUGCUAUGAUGAGAAGGAUGAGGAAGCGCUUGUUGAAAUUUGCAUCAGCAAUAUUGUGGCAGAUUACAGGGUCUAUCUCGAAAAUAUUGGCAUUAGCCAAUUUUCUCGGCUGCUGGAAGCAGUAAGAAAAACAAGCAUGUCUGUCAAACUAACGGGGCAGAGAACUUGGAGGAACGAGAAGAAGGAGGCGCACCAAACGCUAGCUAUAGAUGACAAGUCAUCCGGUGACUACAACUCACGCAAGCGGAGGGAUAGGGAGACAUAUCCACCAUUACCAUACAAAGAUGAAGAAUUCCAUGCCAUCCUCGAUACCAUGAUUGCUGAUGGAGCAAUCAAGCCUCUCAGACCUUACAAAGUUCCUACCAGGGAAGAGAAGAAUGAUCCUAGGUACUGCCGCUAUCACCAGUUCAUGGGGCAUCCAACCACUACUUGCCAAACUCUAAGAAGGAUCUUGCAUGCUAAAAUAUAUUAG